CCAUCGGGCAGGCAAUACAAGCCCCGGGUGAGGGCCAGCGCACCAUCCCUCCUCUGAAGCUCCCGCCAGGCCUCGGUGUCUUCGUCAUGGAUGAAACUGUUGCUGAGUAUAUCCGAAGAACUGUUCUAAAAAUCCCGCGGGAUGAAAUCAAGACGAUGCUACAGAAGUGGGGCUUUCUCUCUGAGGCGCAGCUGCAAGCCAUCAACUUUCACCAGAUAAAGGAGAGCAUUUCUCAAGAAGUUGUUCGGCUUUCUGAGGAAAAUUGUGCAGACAUCAAGCAAGCAGCUGUCCUAGACAUAAUCUACAGCCACAUCCACCAAAACAAAAAAGUGUGGACUGUUUACCAGAUGACCAAAACAGGUGAAGAAAUGGAAUUUUUUGACUUAACAGAUUUCAAAAAAAAGUUUAAAAGACACCUUCGGUCUGCCUUGAAAAAUGUCACCAUCAACUUUAGGGAAUACGAGGAUAAUGCAAUCUGGAUUAGAAUUGCCUGGGGAACACCAUAUACAAAGCCCAACCAGUACAAACCCUGCUAUGCUGUGUACCAUUCACAGACUCCCUAUGUCUUCAUUUCUACCUCAACAUUAAAGAGUAAUUUGCCUCUGCUAUGCCAGGCCCUGGUUGUUGCUUCCAGUUACCGUGACAUCCGUAAAAUGGAGCUUCGAGGUCAUUCUUUAAAAUCCCUUAAAGAUAUUGUGUUCAAGAGACAUAGCCAGAACUUCCAAACUUAUUGUCCGAGGCCCCUACAAGAAAGGAAUGUAGCACCAGAAGGUGAUGCAAGGAUAAUUCGAGAAGACAGAAGUGAGAAAGAAAGAAUAGAGAGAGUGAAUUGGGAAAUUUUUGGUGAUGGUCCCCAACCAAAACUGGAAUUUGCACAAUAUAAGCUUGAGACGAUGUUCAGAAGUGAUCCUAAACUGGAUGUUUUGGAUAAAAAAGAACCAUUCCGAUGUCUGGUCAAAUUUUCUAGUCCAGAUCUUUUAGAAUCACUGAAAUCCUUAGCACCAGCAGGUAUGGCUGAUGCACCACUUUCACCACUACUUACAUGUAUACCACACAAAGCCAGGAAUUAUUUCAAAAUUAGAGAGAAAAAAGAAUUAUUUCCAGAAGGCUUUGUAAGCCCUUAAUUUGAAACAGAUUCAUAGAGAAGUAUCAAAUAUUUUAUAGCUGGUAUUAAUAUAAACCAUAAUAGCUUCAAAAAAAAACCUCUUAAAAUGUAAUUUAUUCUUCAAUAAUCCCAGAAAGGUUUUUUCCAAGUGGUGCCUUCUUUAAAUUAUUUUUUCCGCAUUUGUCUUCAACAGAAGUUAGCCCUUCUCAUAAAUUAUUAUUGCAUUAUUUGCAAAGAUUAAAUGGAGAUCACAGUUUUAAAUUUAAAAUAUAAAAUCUGCCCUUGACUGUAUUUUCAGUAGUAUCUGUGACAUUCAAGCUUAAUAAAGCUACAUUAAUACAGCUGUAGCUAUUCAGUUUGCUGUCAUAACUGUAGAUGGUGAAGAUAUUCUAGACGGCCUUCUGAUUUUGGCUCCAGUUCAGCAGUGAAACAAGAUAUGUGCCCAUUCUG